ACAGAAAUGUGAAAAGAAGAAAACUCUUUUUUCUUUCUUUGUUUUUUUCCUUCUUUGUAUCUCUUCACGCAUAGAUUCCUUACUGUCAUCCAUUUCUAAAUUCGUGUUAGUCAAUAUCAAACCUUAGUCCUUGAAUAGCGUAGCUCAAUCCUCUCCACUAUUUCUUUCUUUCUAAACCAGUUUCAGGUGAUUGAUCUCUUUGACGCCUGCACAAUAAAAAUAUGAUCCUUCAACAACACACUAUCCUCUUCUUAGCAAUCUUUGCUAUUUCAUUAAUCGAAGCUCAUGCUUCCAUCAAGUUCAGAUGCAACAGAACAUGCGGCACCAACCAUCUUCCAUACCCUUUUGGAUUCUCUGCCGAUUGUGAUAUCCAUUUAAAUUGUAGCCCAAAUGGUGAAAUGCUUAUCAAUGAGUUUCCAGUCCAGAUUGUAGGCCAAAAUUCAAUAAAGAUCAUUCUUGAACCCAAAUGUAACCGUCCUCUUGAAGCCCUCGACAAUCUUUUUACCAAAAACUAUGCUCCAAAAUCAACAAACGCAAUUCUUUUACACAACUGUACCUCUGCAGUUUCGCCAUGCAAUAUACCUUCUAUAAACGUGCAGACUCAUUUCGAGUCACUUAAAUGUUCAAAUAACAGCAGCUUAAGUUGUUUCUCUAAGGAGGUUACAGCAAACGGUUUCUUUGAUUAUAACAUGGCCAAUAUUAGCCAGUGCCAGUAUCUUUUGUCAUCAAUAUCGGCAGAGUCUUUCACUGGUUCUGGUGUUUCCUUAGAGAUUCAGAUGAUGGAGCUAUGGUGGUGGCUUCAAGGGGACUGCCGUUGCUCUAAGGAUGCCAUUUGUACUCAAGUUGAAUCGCCUGCAGGGUCAGGGUUUCGGUGCCAGUGCAGAGACGGGCUAAUUGGUGAUGGAUAUCUUGCCGGGGUUGGCUGCCGGAAAGCCUCUGCAGGUUGCAAUCCUGCAAAGUAUUUGUCUGGCCAAUGUGGAGGAGGGUCUGGAGCUGCUGUUUUACUUGGAGGCGUUGUAGCUGGAGUAGGGGUCAGUCUGGGUCUAUUUUGCUGUCUCAUACGGAGGAAUUCCGCGUCAAAAGCCAAAAGCUUCAGAAAACUCCACCUAUCUGAAGCUGCAGACAUCAACAUUCCCAUCUAUCCCUACAAAGAAAUAGAGAAGGCCACAAAUAGUUUCUCUGAGAAACAAAGGAUUGGAACUGGGGCUUAUGGAACUGUCUAUGCCGGUAAACUCAACAGUGAUUCAUGGGUUGCCAUUAAGAGGAUCAAACAUGGAGAUAUGGACAACAUUGAGCAAGUGAUGAACGAAAUCAAGCUCAUUUCUUCUGUGAGUCACCCGAAUUUAGUCCGCCUCUUAGGUUGCUCCAUAGAAAAUGGUGAGCAAAUUCUUGUCUAUGAAUUCAUGCCGAAUGGGACAUUGUGCCAGCAUUUACAAAGAGAGAGAGGUGAUGGACUUGACUGGCCUGUUCGCCUCGCUAUUGCUACGGAUACUGCUAAAGCUAUAGCCCAUCUCCACUCUGCUAUGGAUCCCCCGAUAUAUCAUAGAGAUAUCAAGUCGAGCAACAUACUCUUAGACUACCACUUCAGGUCCAAAGUUGCAGAUUUUGGUCUUUCCAGACAUGGCAUGACUGAAAUAUCACACAUCUCUACUGUCCCGCAAGGAACUCCAGGCUACCUUGAUCCUCAGUACCAUCUAAACUUCCAUCUUUCGGACAAAAGUGACGUUUAUAGCUUUGGUGUUGUUCUAGUUGAGAUCAUAACAGCAAAGAAGGUGGUGGACUUUUCCAGGCCUCAGAAUGAAGUGAAUUUGGCUGCUCUUGCCACUGAUAGGAUUGGCAGGGGGAGAUUGGAUGAGAUCAUCGAUCCGUUCCUUGAUUUACAUAGUGAUGCUUGGACCUUUUCUUCAGUGCAUAAAGUGGCAGAAGUGGCAUUUAGGUGCCUUGCAUUUCAUAAAGACACGAGGCCUUCAAUGAUGGAAGUUGCAGCAGAACUAGAGCAAAUACUGCUUAGUAGAUGGGCUUCUUCAGAGGAAACAAAUUGCGCAAUCUCAUUAGAUUUUUCCCCUUGCUCUUCUUCAUCUAAUGUCAGCGACAAGCCUCUAAACUCCACAGUAAAAAAAACAGAAAUAGAGAGAAGAGGUUUGUUUGUGCUGCAGACACAGACCAGCAAAAAGUCAACAGAAAGGGCCAAUCAUAAUUCACCUGUUUCUGUCCAAGAUCCAUGGUUAAGUGAAAAAAGCUCACCUUCUUCAAGCAAUUUGCUAAAUAACGUUAUAGUUAAGUGAUUUGAGAUGGGGAAGUCUAGGUUCAUUUCUUCCUAUGAUACCAUCAAUGUACACUAUUGUAAGCUCGUUUCGUUCAACAGUUUUGUCCCUUAAUUUGUUCCACUUCCUUAAA